UAGACGCGAGGGUCGCGGGAAGGCGAGGGGCAAGCGGGCACUGCGGCCCGCCCGGGAUGGGUCGAGCCCGGCCUGGCGGGGCCGAGCGGGAGCGGAGGGCUGCACGCGGGCCGGGCCUGCGGGCUGGGCGGCCCGGGGGGUUGAGGUAGAGGUGGGCGCGGAGGAAGGGGCCGGGCGAGGCGGUGGGAGGAGCGGCGAGGGGGCGGAGGCUGAGCGGCGAGAGAGCGGCGCCUGGCCCGAGGCGGCGGCGUCGGAGCAGGCUGAGGCGGCGGCCGGGACGAGCGCCCUGAGGUGGCGGCCGCGGCCCCAUGGGCGGGUGCGUGGGCGCCCAGCACGACUCCUCGGGCAGCCUCAACGAGAACUCGGACGGCACGGGAGUUGCUUUAGGUCGUAACCAGCCUUUGAAAAAGGAGAAACCAAAAUGGAAAAGCGAUUAUCCCAUGACAGAUGGACAACUACGCAGCAAGAGGGAUGAAUUUUGGGACACUGCACCAGCAUUUGAAGGCCGGAAAGAGAUCUGGGAUGCCUUGAAGGCUGCUGCACAUGCUUUUGAAAGCAAUGAUCAUGAACUGGCACAGGCAAUCAUUGAUGGUGCAAACAUAACACUACCACACGGUGCACUAACAGAGUGUUACGAUGAGCUGGGGAACCGGUACCAGCUGCCAGUCUACUGCUUGGCACCGCCAAUCAACAUGAUAGAGGAGAAGAGUGACAUAGAGACUCUGGAUAUCCCUGAGCCACCUCCCAAUUCUGGACACGAAUCUCAGCUCCGCCUGCGCCUCUCCACUGGCAAAGACCUCAAGCUUGUGGUGCGCAGCACAGACACGGUGUUCCACAUGAAGAGGCGCUUACACGCCACAGAGGGCGUAGAGCCGGGCAGCCAGCGGUGGUUCUUCUCUGGCAGGCCUCUCACCGAUAAGAUGAAGCUGGAGGAGCUGAAGAUCCCCAAAGACUAUGUGGUGCAGGUUAUAGUAAGCCAGCCUGCACAAAACCCAACACCAGUGGAGAACUGAGCUGGGCUGGCCUGCUUUCAAGAUCCCUUGGCUCCUUUUUAUUGUUACUGUUUCCUACUCUAUGGCGUGAAAUUUAUUUUCACUGCUCUGAAUUCCCUAUAUAAAUGGAUUUAGUUCUGAGGAAUUACCAGUGAAAAAUUCCAUCUGUGAUGGAGACCAACAAAAAUAAUAAAACACACAGAGCCAGCCUCUGGGACUCCUGUAAUUAUAAUUUCUAAUUUGAAAGGCAGUUAAUAGAUAACCAUUUAUUUUAAAACAUUUAUCAACUAUGUAAUGGCUAUAUUUAAAUGAUUUGGAGUGUAAACAGACAGUGGACCCAUCAAGAACAGCACCAAGCACCUUUUGGAUACAGAAUUUUUAAAGACAUAUAUGUCAAAUUAUAUUUCCAGAACCAUCAAUCACAGUUUGUUUUGUUUUGUUUUGUUUUGUUUUGUUUUGUUUUGUUUUGUUUUGGCAGAACAUAACACAGCAGAGGGUUUUGCUUCUCUUCUGGGUUUGCCUUCAUGCUCCAUCAGGAGACAGUGGAGACUGGGAGUUGUCAGUGUUGUUUCCCCUGCCCUCCAAGUUAUGUUCCUUACUCAUAUUCACUCAAUUUUGCUGCCAUUCAACACACUGGCAGCAGGCACCCUCUGGAACACUGGACAGUAAUUUAGUAAGUAGUCAGAGUUCUCAUUCUCAGUUGAGAAGUCUCGGCUUGCUGCAUAGCAAUUUUAAAAUGUCUUUGGUACCCAGGCUUGACAGCUAGCUACUAUGUAACGCUCACUAAUCUAUCACUCUGCUUGGCCAUUUCUGGAGCUGACUGACCUCACCUAUAUAUUUCUGGGCCAGCCAACACAGAAAUGGAGUAUGGCAGCUUCCACUCCAGAAUAAAAAGCAAUCCUCUUUUGUGCCUGCAGGGGAUGUGAGUAAAACCCUCUGCCUGUUCCUGGGAAAACUGUGCCUAUUCUCAGCCUUGGAGAAGAUUCCAGCUGAAAUUUUUCAAGUGUGACAGUUUUCUAGUGUCACUUAAACACUGGUGAGAACAAAUGGUGGCACCUGGCUCUAGACUCGAGUGCUUUUUACUCCACUUUGACUGUGUUCUUUCCCUUACCUUUGCAACAAAGGUGAAAUAACCAUCAUCUGCACACGAGACUAAGGGAUAGGAACUCAGUGAAGCAGCCUUACCUUCUCUGGAGAAGGCUGGAGAGAGCUGCCAAAGGUUGUAUUAGGUGCCUGCCUUUAUUCCCAAACCUAGGGAGGCAGAAUUAGGUAGGUCUCAGAAUUUGAAACCAGCCUGGAAUACACAGCUAGUUCUAUGCCAGUCAGGGCUACAUAGUAAGGCUCUUUCUCAAAAAAAAAAAAAAAAAAGUUGGUUUGAUGAGAAGGGCUGUAAUGUGACCACACUAGAUCUUUGGGAGUUUGUGAGAUGUGAACAGUAGAUGAAAGAAGGUUCUGUGCUCUUCUCAGUGGGGAAAUACCAAACCUUCAAUGCAUAUCUGGAUGUAAAACAUGAUUAGUGGCAAAAUGAAACUGCUAAGUAGUUUAAAAUGGAAUUAAAUUUCCUAUAGCCUGUUUAAAUAUAUCAACAAUUGUAACUUAUGUUUCUGAGAACUUUAACCACUUUCCUAAUUCUGUUCAUCUUUUUAAAGUUUGUGACUAAACCUAAUUUAGAUUUGAUGGUGACUAAAUCCAAUCCCAGGAGGAGCACUUAGCUAUAACUACAAAGGAGGAUGCUCACAUCCCCAUGUGGAAGCUCUGGGGUAUUUCAAUACAUCACCCAACAUCCAGAGGCUGAUUUCUUUGUCACACUGAAUAGCAAUAUCUCUCAAAGCAUUAACUGGAAAAGAAUGUUUAAACCUGUUAUUUUUCUAAAGGAAAUUUGAUGGUGUCACCGAUAACCUAUGUUUGGUAAAAAGGUCUUGCUUGUUUCUUGAGGGUUUGUCCUCUCUAAGAAUUUUUGUUAUUGUUUUUAUUUUAAAGGAACAUAUACUUUGAAUAACGAUCCUCCAGGCGUGGUGAGAAAAAAAAAAAAAAAAAAAAAACCUAGGUGCUGGUAAUUGUCAGUAGAUUAACCUAGGUGAGAAAAAACAUGGUGCUGGUAAUUGUCAAUAGAUUGAUGUAAGAUUGGAUCAAUACUUGAUGUGUAUAAUUUUAGUAUGUAGGGGCUUUUUUUAAAAAAAGAAAAAAGUAAAAGUUUCACUUUUCUC